AUGCCAGACAACAUUGCAACGCCAGACACUGGUAGGAUAUAUGGCCACAGACCCCGUGGCACUAUCCUCUUUCAGCUCUCCUUCUCCCUCACCGGCAACAAUCCAAGAGGGGAUGCGAGACCAAUUUUGAAGUGGGCUGCGAAUCAUGAGCAAGUUGCUGUCAUGGAGGAUUGGCAAGAUAUCCAUGAACAGCCUUGCAAUCUGGGGAUGCAGGACAUGUACAGGACCCCCUUCUACACGGAGAAUCGACCCUUUGCCAUCUGCGGCAAGUACAACGAGGAGACAGGCCUGGAUCUUGUCGGUCGCCCAUGUUGCUGCGAGUUCUGUGGGCAGAGAGAUCCGUUCGGGCAACUGUGCGAAGUAUCUCAGAAACUAUGUACCACGGUGGAGGAUUGCAUCCAACGGCACCACGGAGUAUGCAAGUCUUCGAAGAAGCACAAGGGUGUCGACAAGUUUUAUCUCUUCUGGUUCUCUGCGAUGAGUUUCUUUACCAUCAUGCCUUUCGUCAUUCCAGCCAUAGCGAUGUACGCCGCUGAAGAGCUUGUUCUUGGUCUGGCAGGAUGA